AUGAGCAUCACCGACCUUACCGUGAAGAUACCUUCAUCGUCAAGGAGCACCUCUAUUCCUAGCGAGAGCAACCGGAAACCUAGCAGAUGGGGAACAGUGGAAUUCAAAUUCUACUACGUGAUAUUAUGCUUGGCUCUACCGUUCAUGAUAUGGAUACCUAUAACUCUGAGCGAUCCUUCCCAUCCCAAUUAUCCACAGUAUCAGUAUAAGUUAUGGCAAGGCUGGUUAUUUGGUCGGAACCUGGAUAACAGCGACAGUCAAUAUCGAUCUUUUAGAAAUAACAUACCCAUUCUCACUGGUGUCGCCUUCUUAUUUUUACUCUUGAAAUAUUCCUGGAACAAGCUCUAUCUCAUGUCAAAAGUACCCGGGGACAAUCUCCAUCUCAUCCCUUUGAAUGCUGCUUUGUCCCUCAUUUUCCUAGUCGCGUUGCACGGCUCCAGCAUCCUGAAACUAAUUGUCGUCAUAACAAUCAACUUCAUAAUUGCAAAGGCGUGCAAAUCCUCCAAGUUAGGGCCCGUACUUACUUGGGCAUUCAACAUUGGAAUCCUAUUCAUGAAUGAUCGUUAUAAUGGGUAUCGCUUUGGUGCAAUCACUCCAUCAUUAGAAUUUUUGGAUGAAGAGAAAUAUGAAGGUUUCUACCCCAGAUGGCACAUCAACUUCAACAUCACAAUGCUUCGCUUGGUAUCAUUUAGCAUGGACUACUAUUGGGCUUGCAGAAAACCAAAUUCUGUUGAGACAGGUAUCUCGUUAGACGAGCGACAACGUCAAAUAACAAGUCAUCCUCACGAGAUGUAUUCUUAUGCGAAUUAUUUCUCAUAUGCCCUUUACUCUCCCCUGUACAUCGCCGGCCCAAUCAUGACGUUCAAUGAUUUUCUGUGGCAGUUUCGUCGGCCGCUAACUAUCACAAGAUCUUCUGUUCUAGGAUACCUUAUCCGAUUCAUUGGUUGCCUCUUGACAAUGGAAGCCGUCCUCCACUUCAUGUACGUAGUCGCAAUCAAAGAUACCAGAGCGUGGGCAAGCGACUCUCCCGCACAAAUUGGCAUGUUAGGGUUUUGGAAUCUCAUAAUAGUGUGGCUCAAGCUCCUACUUCCUUGGCGCUUUUUCCGAUUAUGGGCUUUGGUAGACGGUAUUGAUCCGCCUGAAAACAUGGUCAGGUGUAUGGCAAAUAACUAUUCGACGUUUGGUUUCUGGAGGAGUUGGCACCGCAGCUAUAACCUAUGGAUCAUCCGCUACAUUUACAUUCCCCUGGGCGGAAUGAAGAAUGUAUUUGUGAAUAGCGUCCUUGUAUUCACGUUCGUUGCAUUGUGGCAUGACCUCACUUUCAAACUCCUUGCGUGGGGCUGGCUCGUGAGCUUGUUCAUUCUUCCAGAAAUGCUUGCUCGGUAUUUCCUUCCUGCUUCGCGAUAUUCUUCUACCUCAUGGUAUCGACACGUUUGCGCAUUAGGCGGUGUUGUCAACAUCCUGCUUAUGAUAACGGCCAAUCUCGUGGGAUUCGUCAUUGGCGUCGAUGGCCUCCGGUUCUUCCUUAAUGAAUUAGUAGGUACCUUUGCCGGAGUUCAGUUCCUAAUUGGAGUCGUGUUUUGCUUGUUCGUCGGGGUACAGCUCAUGUUCGAAUACAGAGAAGAGGAAAUGAGGAAGGGCAUAUAUCGUCGAUGUUGAUCAGACGGACUAUCUAUGUAGUGUAAACGAUUCAUAAUGUUAAUAAGAUAUUCUUCGUUCCAUUAAAGAAAUAUCCUAGUUUACUCUCCUGGGAUCGAAGGCUUCAGCAUUGACCUUCGUAUUCCAGGUAUGUGUAGUACUUACACCUAUGCUGCUACAUAUAUAAGUACAUUUGGGAACAGAGUCCCAUUGAAACAUACACGAAACCGUACUUUAGUCUUAUUUAUACAUGGCCACGAUGCAAGAAAUAUCUGCUAUUCCCCUACUUCGUUUAAUCUUUGUCCCAUCCAUCCUCCCCCGUUUCAUCUUCGCCUGCUUCAUCCUCGUCCAUUUCAUCUUCGUCCAUUUCAUCAUCAGAUGUAUCCGUCUGAGCAUGAACCCCGUCAACUCUGUGUUCAUCAUCAAUACCGGUAGUUAGAAAGCUCUCAUUCAUAUCGACAAAGCCGAAACUGG